AUGGAGUCGUCACCAGGGCAAGCAAUAAGGACGAGGACUCCACCAACUCCGACCUGCACCGUCCCGGGGCUGCUCGUCGGCCUCACAAAGCUCUUCAACCUCACCAAGGUCUGCGCAGCCCCAACGCCGGCGGCCGACGACGCAGCAGCGACCACAAAACCCGGGCACGACCCCGACCCGGACCCGAGGCUUGUUCUCGUGAGGCUGUUCCACGCGGUGUCGGCGCUCAAGUCCGGCUACGUCAAGCUGCAGCGAGCGCACUUCCCCUACGACCCGGACAGGGCGGCCCUCGCCGACGAGGCCGUGGCGUCCGAGCUCGACUCGGUCGCCGCGCUGCAGUGCCUCUGCACCUCCCGCCGCGGGAUCGGCCCGCUCGUCGACGACCGGUGGGCCCAGGUGCAGCGCCUGGAGGCCGAGGCGAGGCGGAGGGACGCCGACAUCGCCGCGCUCGCGAGGGAGCUCCGGCGGCUGCAGCGGGAGAAUGCCAGGCUGAGUAGGCAGGUCGUCGUCAGGAGCAGGAACGAUGGCCGUCGCGGGGCGCGGAUCUCCGUGCCGAAGGAGAUGGCGACGCCCGCGGCGCUCGUGAGCCGGUUCACGGCGGCGUCGAGGUCGGUCGCCGACUUCGCCGAGCUGCUGCUUGGUGGUGCCUGCAGCAGCCUGACGGCGGCGGCUUUGUGGACUGAGCCAUGUGUUGUCAGCGUCAACGACGCAGAUGCCGAGCAGGCGCGGUCGUGGAGGAGGUACUCCCUUGAGGCGCACGUGUGGCGAGCGAUGCUGCUCGUCGGCGCCGAGGAGUGCUGCGGCGGCGACGCUGGUAGCAGCUUCCAACGGAUCAUGAAGCCCCGCGACGCUCUCGACGCGCUGAUGCAGUUCCCGCGGUCGGGGCUCUCUGCGUUCUGCCGGGCGGCCUACAUUGCCGCCGUGCCGCCGGAGGCGGAGGCGGCCGCAUGCGGGAACCUGGACCACAGGGCCUUCGUGUCCCGCGGCGGCCACCCGAGGACACCGCUCUACCGCGCGUUCGCGGCCGCUGCGAGGUCCCUGUGGGCGCUUCGGGUGCUGAUGACCGCGGUGGCGCGAUGCUCGGAGCCGGAGCAGGGGAGUGGUGGUGGUGGUGUCACGAUGUUCUACGCGGGCAGGGGGAGCUUCUACGCGGCGGAGUUCAUGGAGAGCGUGGGUACGCUUGGCGCGGAAGAAGAUCGCCGCGUGGAGGCGGACGAGGAGGAGAAGCUCAGUGUCGCCUUUACCGUGACGCCCGGUGUCAAGGUCGGCGACACGGUGGUGCCGUGCAGGGUGCUUCUUUGUCGUCGCCGGGAGGGCUUCGUCCGGAUCCGGUGA